AUGGAGGACGAUGCAUCGAGGUUCAUUCUUCUCGCAUCACCCAACUGGUAUUGUAGUGCUGUGGCAGACUGUAGUCUGAAAAAUGUAUAUGCGUUCGGUGCUAGAAACUGCGUCUAUCUUUUGGACGUCUGCUCGGUGUCGCCUGUUUUUGAGGGCCAACUUGCGGGCCAUGUGGAGCGUGUGACAAGUGUGUGUUUUUCCAAACACAAGCUUCACGCGAGUUUUCUUGCAAGCGGCUCGGACGAUAAAUCGGUAAAAAUUUGGGACGUAGAGACAAAGCUUGCACUAAUGGAGCAUAAGGCCCACGAUGCAAAAGUGACGUGCCUUACCUGGUCUCCUGUGAUUACAGAUCUUGUCAUCUCGGGUGAUGAAAAAGGUCAGAUCAUUGCAUGGAGGUAUGCAGAGGGAAAUCUGUUUGCAGCUUGUCCUGUCCAAGAUCAUAUAUUCUCCAUAGCUCUCUCCUAUAUUUCACAAGGUGAAAUAGCCGUUGGGUAUAAGAGUGGUCUGAUAGCUGUUUUGAAUAUUGAUGCAAGCAGUGGGAGUUUUUCAUUGGUGAACAAACUGCAAGGACAUUCCAGUGACAUUCAAAGUCUUGCCUGGUGUCCAGCACCCAAGGAACACAUUGACUUUGGUCCCAUACAAGACAAAGUUUCAGCUGCUGAAGGACACUUGUUAGUAUCAGGUUCAAGGGAUCAGACAGUCAGAUUAUGGAAUGCAGCACAAGGCAAAGUUCUGUCCAUUAAACAGCUGCCUAAAAGAUCAUCACGAAAGGAAAAGCAUGAUUCUUACAGCCCCAGGGACAGAUUGUGGGUCAGUGUCUGCUGGCCUGUGGCAUCACCGGGUCAUGUUAUUUCUAGCAGUCAUGGUGGCGAACUUUUGUUGUGGGAUCUCAGCAAGAAUGAAGGGAAGGGUCAAUGUCAGACGUUUGGCGUGGGCCAUUCAAGAAUAGUGUUCAAUAUCAGUUGUGACAUUGCUGGUACAAGAGUGCUGACUGCCUCUAUGGACAGACAGAUUGUUAUUUGGGAUUCUCAACUCUUACGAAGCUUGCAAACCCUCCCCACCCUUGGUGGCUUUGCAUAUUCGCUGGGCAUCUCCCCCCUGGAUCCCGGUACGGUAGGGAUAGGAGUAGGGGACAACAUGCUUCGAGUUUGGCAAACAAGCUCAUCUGCUGGACCAUACGAAGCUUUGACUCUUUGGCAAGGGAUCAAAUCUAAAGUGAUGGUGGUUAAAUGGCAUCCAAGCAAGGAAGGCUUGCUAGCAUUUGGAGCAGAUGAUGGACAAGUUGGGGUUUAUAAUAUCAUUUCUAAAAGGUUAGACAGCUCUUCAACAUACCAUAAAAGGACGGUGUAUUCUCUGUCGUGGGGCCCUCCCUGCCCCCUGUACAGCUGCUCUGGAGAUGGAAGCGUACUUGAACACAAAACGGGACAUUUUAUGGAUGAUGCAGUGGAUGUGAAUGCUGUAAUACUAAAAACAAAUAACCUCAAGCACAAGCCGUUUGGUCGAACGGAUGUUUCAUGGAACCCAGAUGGUUCCGUGUUGGCUUUGGGAAAUGAAGAUGGUUCGAUUGAAGUGUAUGUUCCACCGGACUUGAUACAAGUUGGAAUGAUUAUCACGCACAAAAAGAGCAUCACUACUCUUGUGUGGCAUCAUGGAUCAUACGGCGAACUAACUGCAGGAGUAAAUGGCAAAGGUAGUGCUAGUUGCAAGUAUUGGCUGGCGUCAGGAUCUAACGAGUCCAGUAUUCAUAUCCAUGACCUCAGCAACAUGUUGAGUGAUUUGUCCAAGUCGGCAGCCCACUCGGCUCCCGUUACCGAAUGUUUUCGUAAGCUGUCAGGUCAUUCGGGAAGAAUCACUGAUUUGAAUUGGAAUCCGCAUCAGUCGGAACUACUUCUUUCUUCCUCGUAUGAUGGAACCGCACAGGUUUGGGAUGUAGUUAAAGGAGAAGCUUUGUACAAUUUCCGUGGCCAUAGCAGUCGUGUGAUGUGUGUAGUGUGGAGUUAUCUGGAUCCCGACUUGGUAUACAGCGGAGGAGAGGACGGCACUGUGCGACCUUGGAAACCUUCACUGCAGCAGCAUCGGCAACCACCGGUCUCAGAUAAGAAAACGAGCCAUUCAGCUGGAAAGUCCUCCAAAAGCAAGAAGAACAAGCAGAAAGGCAAAGGGAAAGUUCGCUUAGACAACAAGGAAACUUGGCGACACGAACCAACGUCCAAUCUUGAGCAAAAUAACACAAAUGAAAAACAAGCAGCAGCAGUGAACGUCGGUGAUCAUUCCAAGGAAGCACAACUUGUCUCAGCCAUCCAUACUACAGAAGCUAAACCAGAAGUAAACGCAAACGGAAAGGAAGAGGAAACGAUCGCUAUUUCUGAGAUCGAAGUAGCUGAGAAAACAGUACCGGCGAUAAAAACAGAGGAAGGGUCAGAGAGCGAUUGUAGAACUGAGCCAAAAGAGGAAACAGUGGCGGAGAAUGAGUCGUCGACCUUUAACAAUACAUGCAGUACGGGCGAGGAGAUGAAGCCUGAUGUUGUUGUGAAACAAGAGAAAGUGAUUCCUUUAAGAUCUAAGGUUUCCUUAGAAACAACCUCAUCUUCCAAGAAAAAGAGGAAAGUCAAAUCAAUGUUUCCGCUCUCUGCUGUUGCGGACAGCAAAUCCAAAACAGUAACGCGAGAGGAGUGCAUUGAACUAGCGAAGAUUAACUAUGGUCAGGAACAAGGUACACUCAGUUCUGGUAGCUCGUCGCCGCAUGGAACAGCUGGAUCAGAGGAUCUUGUGAACCUCGGGCUGUUUGCUGAUAGGCGCAGCGCCUACAGGAUGUUUGCUACGGAAGGUGAACAUCACAAAGACGGCGGCAACCUUGACUAUCAGUUGGAGCUGGAGAUCUGGAAAGGAAAUCUUGGCGGAGCGCUGCAGAUGGCGACUAACAAGAAACAGCUUACUGACUGGCUUGUGGCUCUCAGUCCUCUAGGUGGGCGUGACUUAUGGAUGGCUACCACGCGAGCGUUUGCUGACCAGCUAGAAUCGCAGGGUCAAUAUCAGCGCGCUGUUUUGUAUUACCUGGCGUGUCAUGACACAUACAGAGCUAUUGACGUGUUCAAGAAACAAUACAUGUACAGGGAAGCUAUUGCAUUGGCCAAGGUGCAGCUUUCACCCUUGGACCCGGUCCUUUUCGACUUGUAUAGCACUUGGGCCAGGAAACUAGAAACAGACAAUGCUUUUGAACAAGCAGCUAAAUGUUACUUGGCGGUGCAUUCAUCAUCUGAUGCUGUAAGGGUGUUGUGUCGUCGUGGCGAUCAGCCUUCUCUGAGGACAGCUCUUCAGGUUGCCAUACUUUGUGGUGAGUUAGAUCUCGUCUCCUCUCUUGCUCCACGACUCAUUCACUCCUAUUUGCUGUCGUCCGACUGGCGUGGGUGUCAUGACGUUCUGAAAGACUGUCCUGGAGUGGAGGCUCAUAUGUUGAAUGUUUGUGUUCACGAGCUUUUGCUAACGACCCUUGCUGAAGAGAAAACAAUCCAACUGGAUAACGCUCCGGAAGUUGGCACACGUACCGAUAUAAGUUCUAUUCUUAGCAAUUGCUCAAGUAUCAGUGGACCAUGGGGUAAAUAUACCAGUAUCCCUUGCGGUUCGUCUUCUUGGAUAGCUAAUGACCAUCCCAGCAAGUGGUUUGUCGUGUGUGUUUUAGAGGCCUGGCACCGAUGUGUUGCUUUAAAAUCUGGAUCACUUACUAUUCUUUGUGAGGCAAUCAAAACUUAUUACGAAACUACUUCUACUGGAGCUGAUACCAUUCCUGAGGUAUUGUCCAGGAUCUCCCUAGAUAUCACCCUUGGGCUGUUGACGGCAAUUACCGGAAACCUUCACUGGGCAUGCCAGUACUGGUUGCAAGCGCUUUCUCAUUGCAACAAGCAUUGCCUGUUUGGCUUGCAACGGCAACUGUGUCUUAUGUUGCUACCACAUGGGAGCGAAUCUUUAAACUACUUGCAAUAUUUGAGCCAUGACUUAUAUACUAGGGGUGGAAAUGCUUCUGAUGAGUCCCAGAAGGUGGAGGACGUAGAGGAACUGUUUCUGCAUUUCGUCGCGUACUACUACAAGGCUGUACUGAUUGCAAUGUGGUAUAGAUGUCCCGAUAUAUUGGCUAUUUUCACUUGCAAUGCCAGUGUAACUGUUGAAAAUAAAGAUAGCACAGGCAAGGUCGAAAAUGGGUUGAAUGCCUCAAAGUACGUAGAAGACACGCCUUUGGACCCUUUAAAUACGCUGUUGCUGGAAUCUACGUCAAAUAAGUUCGGGGAUUCUUCGAUAAUUUCCGACUUUAACCGAACCAGUAAAGAAGAAACAGUUACGGAAAGAGGCGCUAGUGGUACUAUCAGUAACGUCAGUGGCAGCGAGGUGUGUGAAUUGAAGGCACCGGUUCCGUCGGCCAUUAAUAAUCUGACUCGGAAACAAGACUUGAUGGCCACUUUAGAAAACUUGAAGACUGUUCUGCUUUCAGAACGCCAGAUGAAAAUAAACAGUCUUAGAGAGUUACUCACUGAGAUCCGUAAAGCGAUGUUGCUGAAGAGGUCAAAGCAGCUUUUACAGACGAUCUCAGCUAGCAACAGAGUAAGCCAAAAGAAGAAGAAAAAUAAAACAGCAAGGGAUCAUCAUACUCUUUCCAGUCAACCGCAAGGCUUUUUGCCAAACUGUGAUGGUGAUCUAACCAGCGAAACCUCCAGCAUGGGAAGUUCAGUAAACUUAUCAGAGUGUACACAGAUCACAUCCAAUGAAGAGCACGGUUUUGGUGAUGCUGUCUCUUCAGAAUCGUGGCCGAAGGAGAGUAGGAUAGAGCUGAGAAGCGAUGGUUUUUUGGGAAGUGCGAGGGAUGAGGAUGCACCUAGAGACAUAGAAGUUAAUAAAGAGGAUGCAGCGCGUAAUGGGCUUGAAGUGAUGCAAGCGAGUAAGGCAGCUGCUGGGAAACUCUCAACUUCAGAUGGAAAACUUCCAGUCGAUUUAAGAUACAUAACCCGUGAGACGACUCUCGAGUUUCUAAUGGAGGAGGAAAAGGAAGCCUUAAACGACCUCGAAGAGCUUGAAUAUAAGGAUCUUCCAUUUCCUUCGCCACUGGAGUCGGCUUUGAUAAUAGGGCACCUUUGCGCAUGUUCAAACGGUCUUCCUAUUUAUGGCGUUGACCUUCGUGAUCUGGGAAUUCGUGUUCUUCAAUGGGCUCAAAGAUUUGCACAGACUUGUACUGAUCUUAAGGCAGUCAGGCGGAUUGAUAGGAUGUACAACUCACACAGUUAAGACUAUGUGAUAUUAUAGCCGAGAAAAAAAAAAAAAAAAAAAACACUUAUGAAUACGUCCGACCCCAGGUCAAAGUUAGCUAGCAGGUGAGAUUGAGCACGUGUCAAUCUGCUGAGGCAAAAUAUAGAAAUUACAACCUCUACGCUUUAGCAAGAAAAUUGUGUCAAUGAUUAAAGAGAAUUUCUCAUGCUUUAGGUUAUGUUUUGUUCAGUGUAAGCUUCUGUGAACUUAAAGUUUUUUUUGCUGUUGUGUUAAUUGUUUGCGAUGAGAUUCGAGUCUGGUUUAUAAUUCUCGUCUGCGUUCUUUUGCUGGUUUUGACCAGAAGAAAGUACUCUAUGAUUUGAAUUGUUAGGCUGGCCCGAAGAAAGUACUGAAUGAUUAAUUUAAUUGAACCCAAAGGCAGGGAGGUGAAAAGAUCUUACGCGGUUGUUAUGGGCGGGUGGGUAACUAGUUAACUCUUGAAUCCGUGUCCAAAAUCGUUGCGCGUCGUACGAUUAAAAACAGGAUUAUUUAAUACCGUUGCUUUAUAACGAGUUAGUCAAGGCAAGGUUAGAUUACACCCUCGACCUUUUCAAAUCUAUAAUUUGAAUCAUGAUAUCUGUUUAGAAAAUGUUUAGAAUUUGAUGAUACACACUAGGUUAGGAACCUCGUGAACCAUUUCGAACAUAUUAAAUCCCUUUUUAGGGAAAAAGAGAUGUUUUCUUUUGAUUAAGUUUUACGCCUCAACAACUUUUUUCGGUCGUUGUCAUUGCAAUGGAGUGCAACCUUACGUCAGCCUGUGAUUUGUUUUUUGUUGUUGUUUUUAUUUUUUGGUCUACACGUACACACAGUUAAUUCAUCGUAUCGACCCAGAAAAUCAUUAAGUUAGGCCGAAAAAAUCAGUGCAAGGUUCUAUACUUCCGUCAUAACAAGCAAAAAUUAUGUUAACUUAAAAGAAACAGAACACAAUUGGUCGCGUCAAAAUAAGGUAAGAUUUUUUUAUUUGAACGUGGUUUGUGUCUAAAAUAAUAAAAUUUGUUUUCCGGUAAAUAA